AUGAAUUCUGUGUUUUUGUGGAUCGCUCGCUCUGAUUCGAAGGCAUUAUUCAUUGUGGUUUGGAUUUACUUUCAUACACAAGAGACAAUUCAUGCUGAGAGAAAUAUCUCGGUAACCUUGGCUACAACACAGACUACAAUCAAUGUUACGGGAAUGAACAAGACAGACGCUUCCUAUUGGCCAUCAGCGAUUCUCAUGCUUACGACGCUGACAAUGUCCAUCAUAACGGUGGUAACUGUUUUUGGUAAUCUAUUGGUUAUCAGUUCUGUGAUUAUGAACAGAAGUCUACAUGGAACCACUCAUUACUUGAUCGCAUCACUGGCUUUCGCAGAUAUGUUCGUUGGUCUCCUGGUUUUUCCACCAGCAAUAACUAUGAACCAUUUGGGUUACUGGCCGUUCAGCUGGAAACCACUCUGUAUCAUAUGGAUCUCCUUAGAUAUCCUCAUGUGCCACGCGUCUAUCCUCAACUUGUGCUGUAUAUCAAUCGAUCGCUACAUUUCAAUCACACACCCGAUUGGGUAUCUGGCAGUGCGUUCCAACCGGUUGGCCAUCGUUAUGAUUUCCAUUGCUUGGGGCCUUCCAGUCAUAACUGUGGUGGUUCCGUUAUUCGGUUCAGCCAGUCAUUUGGUCACAGAAACCAUUUGCAUGAUAUCACCCAGUCGGCCGUUUCGGAUAUAUGCCACCAUAAUGUGUUUUGCAGCACCGCUUACCCUGAUUUGUUUUGUUUACUUACGUAUUAUUGUGGCGCUUAGGAGGCGACCCGCGCCCUCGGCAACUCACAUAUCCAGGCGCCCCAAUUGCCCUCAGCAGAGUUCUGUACUCCAACAAAAAACCACACAUAAAUCUUCUGGAGGGGACAUGAUGAUGAAGAGCAAAGACUGUCAUGCUGAUAAGAGUGAGAUAGAAUCGCAUCCCAGACCCGAAAGCAUAUAUCUCUUGGAACACACUGGAUCGUUAGACACAAACGAUCAGAAGUACUCGGUCCGAAAGGGUAGCUCUAUCCAGGGCGCUCAGUUGGACCACCUGAUUAAACAUUUAGAAGAUCGAAAAAACAACGCACGGAAUAAGUCCGAGAUAGUACGACAAAGUCUCAGUUCUACUCUGCGACAAACACCUCAAAACUAUUUACUGUUGCAGUCUUGUUCUGAACCGUGCUAUCUGAACAACAUGAACGAGACUGUUCGAAAAAUUGCGGACCAUGUUCCUCUGCUGAAAAUUAAACCCUAUGAUGGCCGGAGUUUGCAGAGUAUGAAAAAUAGUGACAAAAUCACCAUGGAAUGUGAAAAUGAAGGAGCACAAUUCAUCAACUCAGAACGUCAGAGCAAAGAAGUGAACGAGAUGGCUUUGCUCACGAGUAAACAAGAACAACAAGCCGGGGAAAAGAAAACGGAUCAUUCUUCCGAUUUUACUGUUCAUACAGCUAGAGCAGCGGAAACGUCAGUUGUCAGAAGACGUAGACCACAUGUGUUUGUAUUGAUGCUAGGCCAAAAAAUCAGCUCAGUUCUGGUGCAUCUAUUUGCAAGUGGUUCGUUGCAUCGGUUUCGCAGGCCGAUGGCAGACAUCAGUGACAGUCUCGUUCUAUCUGCUGCUCAGGAAAAUUCAGAAAUGGGCAUGGCCUCUAUUCCAAGUGCACAGAGUCAAUAUGGUAGGCUACGACGUGUUCGAAUAAAACGCAAAAUGAAGACUUUAACGGUAGUCACGUCAGUAAUUGGAUGUUUUGCCCUCUGCUGGAUUCCGUUUUUUGUUUGUUUCAUCCUAGAAGCCUACGUUGGACUACUUCCUCACGAACUCACCCUGUUUGUAACACUUUUAGGCUAUGCAAAUAGUGUGUGUAAUCCAUUUAUCUAUGCACUUUUGGAUGACAGGUAUUCCAAAACAUACUUAGAAGUUAUCAAAUGUGAGUAUUGUAGACUAUUCUCGUGUAAAGCCUCUCUUAGUAAAUAA